GUUUACUUCUGUUAUUACCAUCAUUCGUGCGGCUACGUCAACUUUUGACAUUUGUCUGGAACAGUUUUGGGAAGUUUCUCCGUUUUAAAGAGUUUAUGGAAUAUCUUUUCGAGUAAAUCAGCAGCCACUAAUAACAAUUUAAACAGAACUUUAAAAGACGCAUAUAUUGUGAGAGGUUAACAAGACUUGUUGACUGCCAACAUGGCUGCGGGAGGAAAUAUGAGGGAUCCUGCAGUUGUGAAGAAAUUGUUUGAAAACCUACAGAGUGAUCUACGUUUGUUGUCUACUGAAGGAAAAAGGAAGUAUCCAAAUGUGAAAGAGUCCUCUGAGCAAGUACAACUCAAGUUGAGAACGAUCUCAGCAAAGACAGAAGAUACCAUCUCUGGCCUAGUGUCAGCCAGUGCAGACAUUUUACAUCCAUUCAUGUUGGGUUGCGAGACAAAAAAUGUCAAGCUGAUACAGAUAGCUCUUACUGCUGUACAGAGAUUGAUCUCACAUGAGAGUGUAUCUGUUAGAGCAGCAGACGAUAUUUUGACAAUGCUAUGGGGACUGAUGGAAAGUGGACAGGAGGAACUUAAACUCUUACAGACGGCCAUCUUGCUUAUUACGACAAACUUUGUGGUUCAGCAUGAAUCACUAGCUAAGGCGAUGGUGCUGUGUCUGCGCUUACAUUUCACAAAGGACAGUACAACCAAUAACACCGCUGCUGCUGCUAUAAAACACCUUGUCAGCAUUGUGUUUGAACGUGUCAUUGCAGAGGAUAAGGUUCAGGCACAAGAGAAGCUAGACAGUAUGUCAGAAGAAGAGUUGAAGAAGGGGACAAACAAAGCACCACACUCUUUGAGACCAUGUGCAGGGGAUGCCUACCUCUUGUUUCAGGAUCUAUGUCAGUUGGUGAAUGCUGAUCAGCCAUACUGGCUUGUUGGUAUGACAGAGAUGACAAGAACAUUUGGGUUGGAGCUGCUGGAGUCAGUCCUUUCUGCUUUCCCUGUCAUUUUCUCACAGCACAAAGAGUUCAGUUUUUUACUGAAGGAGCGUGUGUGUCCACUUGUGAUUAAACUGUUCUCUCCGAGUCUGAAGUAUAGACAAGGUGCCCCUUCACCCCCGUCACCAGUUGCCGUAGAGAAACCAUUCUUUCCUAUAGUGAUGAGGCUUCUACGUAUUGUGUCCUCACUUAUACAGUUCUACUAUAACUUGUUGACUACAGAAUGUGAGAUUUUCCUGUCAUUGCUUGUGAAGUUUCUGGAACCAGAGAAACCUAUGUGGCAGAGAUGUCUUGCCCUUGAAGUUCUACAUAAACUGUUUGUUCAACCAGAAUUAGUCAAGUCAUUUUGUCUAAGCUAUGAUAUGAAACCUCAUUCAACCAAAAUUUUCCGGGACAUGAUAAAUGGUAUAGGAGCAUUCAUACAGUCACAGUUCAUGAAUCCACCUGGAGGACCUGCAGCACAAGGACCAAAACCUGGAGACAUACAGGGCAGUCCUCCUUCUCUGGUUGCCGGAAUGCCAGUAGGGGGCGGAGUCUCACCACAGCCUGCCUUCAUGUACAGAGGAGUUUGGAUUCCACUGAUUCUAGUCAUUCCACAGGGACAAACUAGACCUACAUUGAAGCAUAACUAUUUUAGCUGUCGUAUCCUAGGUGAAGAUGUGCCGAGAGAUGCCUUUACCUAUGUCUUGUCCUACGACAAGUACAUUUAUAGCUUGGAGAUGCUAGACAAAGUUGAUCCCCCUACAGUUCCUGAUGGGUAUGGCUUGUCUGUUGGUUUCUACUGUUUGGUUGAAGCAGUUAGGACUAUUCAACAUUUGGUAGAAGGGGAGUGCUGUGACAAAACAGAAAAACCUAAAGAUAAAAAAGUAACACAGUCAGAAGAUCAACAAGAAAGUGGACAAGAAACAACUGGGGAAGAGAAGAAGUUGUAUGAGGAAUUAGUAAAUUCUUCCUGGUGUGGAAUGCUUGCAGCACUGGCCUUGCUAUUAGAUGCCAGUACUGAUGAAAGUGCAACAGAAUCAGUACUGAAGUGUAUGGAAGCUUAUAUCAGCUUGUGUGGAAAGCUUGAGAUGUCACUACCGAGGGAUGCAUUCAUAACUGCCCUGUGCAAGGCCUCCCUGCCACCACAUUAUGCACUAACAGUGCUAAAUACCCAUGGCAAUGUGCCUCAGAAAGGUCAUGCAAGAUCUCCAAGCCAAGAUUUGCAGUCAACAAACUUGGAAGCCAAUGAAAGGUCCCAGGUCGUUGCUGUUGGUACACCUCUUCCUACAGCAGCCCUGGCUGUCGGGGCUCAUCAAGGACCAGUUAUGUUAACAGCAAAGAAUAUACAGUGUAUGAGAUCAUUGUUAGCUGUAGCCCAUUGCCAUGGAGGUAUUCUAGGUACAGCUUGGCAUCUUGUACUGACCACGCUACAGCAUCUAGUGUGGAUCCUAGGUUUGAAACCGUCAAGUGGUGGCAGUUUGAAGGCCAGUCAGCCGGACUCCACAGGUGCUGUUAUCACGACAGCUGUGAUGGCUGACCUACCAGUACUCUCAUCCAUGUUGUCUCGCUUGUUUGAGAGCUCACAGUAUUUAGAUGACGUGGCAUUGCAUCAUCUGAUUGAUGCCCUGUGUAAACUGUCCACUGAAUCCAUGGAACUUGCCUAUUCAAACAGGGAACCAUCAUUGUUUGCAGUUGCUAAGUUACUGGAGACUGGUUUAGUGAAUUUGUCAAGGGUGGAAAUUUUAUGGCGACCAGUCACAGCACAUCUAUUAGAGGUGAGCCAACAUCCACAUACAGGAUUAAGGAACUGGGGAGCUGAGGCAAUUACACAUCUUGUACAGUCUGCAUUAGCUUACAGUCACCAGCCACCACUGCAACAAAAUCUGAAACUGCAGUCCAGUAUCCUCGCUCCUCUACAAGACCUGUCUACAAUAACACAGCCUGAUAUCAGACAGAAACAGCUUCAGUGUGUGUUCCAGAUUCUCCAUGACAAUGGUGACACACUCAACCAUGGAUGGCCCCUCAUUCUUGGUGUUAUAGGUGCAGUAACUAAUGAUCAAGGGGAAAAGUUGGUGCAAACAGCAUUUCAAAGUUUGCAGUUGGUUGUUACUGACUUCCUACCAAUAAUACCAUGUUGUUACCUAGAAGACGUUGUUGAUGUUGCUGCCAAAUUUGGACUUCAAAAACAGGAACUUAAUGUCAGUUUAACAGCAGUUGGACUCUUGUGGAAUAUAUCCGAUUACUUCUAUCAGAAUCGAGAGAGGAUCAAACAUGACCUUGAAACCAGGCCUUCAGUGGAAGAGGUCAAGGUCACUGAGAGGUCUGAUGGCAUGUCAUCAUUUGAUGGACUCUGGAUGUGUUUGUUCACACGUCUGGGAGAUUUAUGUGUUGAUGCGAGACCAGCAGUGAGAAAGAGUGCGGGUCAGACACUUUUCUCAACAAUAUCUGCUCAUGGUGGACUGCUGAAACAGGAGUCGUGGAAGAAAGUUUUAUGGAAGGUGUUGUUUCCAUUGCUGGACAAUGUGAAGAAGCUUUCAAGCUCAGCACCGACCACCAAGGAUGAGUCAACACAGGGAAAUAUACUUAUACAUCAUUCACGAGACACUGCAGAGAAGCAAUGGGCAGAAACCAGGGUCCUCACCCUGGCUGGUGUGGCUCGAACCUUCACAGCACAGCGUAAAAUUUUACAAGGCUUUUACAAAGAUUUUCCACAUGCCUGGGCCUUAUUGCUGGACCAUAUAGAAGGUGCUGCCCUUUGUCAAAAUGCUGAAAUCUCCAUUGCUGCAAUCAAAAGUUUUCAAGAGAUGCUUCUUAUUACCAAGGAAGACACAAGCAGCUACACGAUACAGACACUUCCUGUCAAGCCUCCAACGGCUGAGGCUAUGAAUAGAACAGGGGAUCCUGCAGCAGACAUCAAGUCAAAAUCUCAGAAUGAGGCUGAUGAUGACACAACAGGAAGUGCUAACGAUUAUGACAUUGCAUUAUGGUCAUCUGCAUGGAAAGUGUGGCUAAAUAUAGGUUCACAAUUAACCAAACCGCCAGAGGACUCUUCUUCACUAUAUAUUCCAUCUCAACCAUUUUUGACUGCUCUAAUUCAAACAUUCCCACCUCUGUUGGAUCAUAUAAAAGUGCGAUUCUCAGUUACAGAUCUACAGAAAUUAUCUGAAGUAUUAAAGCGAGCACUAACAGUACCUGUUCAUGGUGAUUCAUCACCAUUUAUAAUUCCUACAUUCCCAGAUGUGUCUACUACACCUCUUCAAGAAGCAACUUUACAAGCUGUUGAGGCCAUAAUUAAGACAGUUCAGGAGGGCCCAGACUCGAUGCACACGAUGUAUCCAGAUAUAUAUGACCAACUGCUGACCUACGUUGACUAUGGUGUGAGAGUACCAAAGUUUGGCAAGAUAGAAACAAAACAAUUUGGAUCUGUCAAAGGACCUACUGUGGAUUGGGUGACAAUGAAUUUUGUGCCAUUUGCUGAGCGUUGUGUGGAGUUCAUUGUGGAUAUGUACAAAGUAACAGCUAGUCAUACAGCGGUUAUCCAGGCACAGGUCCUACAGAAUAUCAUCAAAACAUUCCGUCAGCCAUUGAACCUGAAGUAUGGUUGUCCAUCACAGAGUACCUGGAUGCUGGUCAUCAACUCAUUACUUAAUGUCUUGUCUGUAGGUUUGCCUGUUGCUAGGAAACAUGAGAAAGGAUUUCAGUCAAUGUGGACAGAGCUAGGGAUAACACUAGAAGAGUUCCUGUUCUCAAAAAAUCCCACACCACCUACACUAUCAAUUGAAGACUUUCAAAGAGAUGAAGCCUUAGAUUGUAAGGUUGUGUUCAUGAUAAGGGAUGAUAUUCUGCCCUAUGCUAACAGCAUGCCUAAAGAGUUUGUUGAGCAGAUUAUGUCCAUACUAAACAAAGGUUCUAUACAUUCUACAUCUUCUGACACUUUCAUUGAUACUGAUUCUAGUCGGAAACUGAGAGAGGAGUUUGCUAAGACAUGCUUUGAGACCUUGUUACAGUUUUCCUACAUCAACAGAUCAAAAACAGACGAAGGUUGUAUAACCAAACUAGCUGUGAUAUCAUUGUUACAACGCUGCCAGGAUGUGGUCAAGAAAUACGCAGAAGAUGAGAAGCUGAGUGGGAAAUGUCCACUCCCGAGACCUAGGUUGGCAGAGAUGGCAUCUGUACUAAAAGCUGUGACCACACUAAUUGCCUCACUGAAGAGGGCGCCACAAGCAAAUGUGGAAGUGAGCGUGUGGAACCAGGUUAUACAGCUAUACCCGUACCUAGUGGACUGUACAACAUCACCCUCUCCCAGCGUGUGUAAGGCCCUGAGAGACGCUCUCAGAGAAUACAAGGAACUUCUCUCAACACCGUCUCUUGUAAUGACAAAUGGGAGAUAACUCUAACAAAACAUGGCAGCAAUGAAGGAAGACAAUGUUGUGUUGUUUCAAGAUUGUUCAAGUCACAUUCAAAGUAUACAGCAACCUAGCAACAGUGCAUUAAUUAUUAGAGCUGACUGUGCAAGUAUGUAAACAGUGAAACAGCAACAGUUACUGUAGAUAAUUUGUCAGUGCUUGCUUAUCUUACACUACAUUUAUAAUUGAAAGAAGAUUUCAUUGAUUUAUUUAUCUGGAUAGGUGUAUGAAUGCCUUGUUGUAUUUUGUAAUAUUUGGGAGCGAGAUUGUUGUUUGUUUUCAAAAUAAUGAAGUCAGAUUAAAGGUAAACUAGACCCAAAUUUCAUAUCUGAAUAUGUGAACAGGUGCUGUUUACAGUUAUAUUUAAAAUUAACAAGUUUAUACAUAUUAGCAGAACUAGUGCAUUAAGUUUUAAAUAGUAUAUACUAUAUACAUGUACGAGGGUUGAUCCAGAAAUAAUGUUGCAGCAUUCAUCACACAUUUAUUCAUCGUUAAUAAUUUUAUCAAGAUGUACACUAAUUACUUUAAGAUUGCACAGGUAGAUUUUAUAUUUUAGGGUUAUUUCGUUUUAAUUACAUAGAACUUCAAAGUUCAAAGGUAGGCUUUCUUUUGUAAAUAGAAAAAACAACACAACCAAACAGUCAUCAAUUGACAUCAAAAUACAAGUAAUACAUGUGUCAUUUGAAAUUAUAAUUAUAUGAAGUUAGGUUGAUGGGCAGCCAGUCAUGAUAACUACAGAGGUAUCUGCGCAGGUUAAAGUUCACUGUGUGCUUAGUGACAAAAAUAUCAGUUUUUUAUACCCGUAAUGUCAAUAACUUGAGUUGGUCUAUGUUACAAUCCUUUCUGCGCAUGCCGAUGCCGAUACCUUCCUUAGUAAGCAAUAGAAUUUUAUGAUAUUUCCAAAACUUAUUGCAAAAAGAGGAAUUUUUGUUGUUUUCUUUUCAGUGCACUUGUUUUUAUGGCUCCAGUGACAUUACUUUUUGAUCAACCCUCAUAUACAUGUAGUUAAACUCAGAAUAAGAUUUUAUGUGUACUACCACAAAAAAAAACUUGAAUUUUUUUAACAAAUGCAUGAAUUUUUAUUGUGGAUGUAGCUGUACAUGCUAUGUUUAUAUAUUUAGUAAAGUUAAAUACGUCUGUGUAGGAAUCUCUACAUUUGAAGCAAAUGUCUAAAGAUAAAAUAUUUUAGCGAAAGAUAGGCAUUAGAUAUACCUUCCUUUUCAGAAGUAAAGUCACAGAUCUGGCAUUAUGUUUGUAAGCAUCUGAAAAUAAAACUUUUGUGGAAUUUAAUGUCUAGUGGUCUUUGUUCAAAUACUGAGCUUCUCUCAUCUCUAUAGUAAUAUCCUUUAAUCAAUAUUUAAAAGGUAUAAUUUUAAUUAUUCUACAUACUGUAAAAUAUUUAAUUUUGUGGGUAGAAAAUUUCAUGUUAUUUAUAAAAAUGUAUUUCAUAGUGAUUUGAAUUUGUGGAUAUCAGUUUUUUGAAGGAACAAGAAAUUGGAUUUUUUGUGUUUCAAAGGGAUUAAAUUUCUUGGGUUGACUAAAUCAUGGAAUGUAUAAGAAUUAGUCCCCCACAAACAAUAGGACAGUAGUAAAUAAAUGUGCUGUAUGUUCUUUAUAAAAUAAACAAUCUUCUGAGAGCUGUCAUUCAAAGCCAGGCCCAUCUUAAAAAAAGAAAUACUAACCCCAUGUUCAUAAAUGACCCAUAAACCACAAAAAAUAACCAAGAAAAUAAGUGACAUGUAUCGUUUAAUAACAAUUUUUUGUCUGACAGGUCAACACUAUGGAACAGUUUCUAUAAAUGCAAAAAAUUUUCUUUGAAUAUACUACUGACAUGUCAAGUAUUGAGAAAUAUAAAGAGAAACAGACUUACAUAAAACCAUUCUCACAUACCAGAGGUUCCAUGGUUGAACCUCUGACACAUUUCACUGAUAUUUUUAAUUUGGUUGCAUUACAGGUAUAAUGUUUAGCCAGUCAGCGAUGUUUAUUGACAAAUCUUCGUGAACCAAUCAAAACUUGGCCUCGACUGCAUUCUUUCCAAUAUCGACACUGAAUUACAAGGAAUAUUAUUAUUUCUUUUGGUAAAUUUCUAAACAUCCGUUUAGAGGAAUAAAUUUUUAUUAAUUGCAGUUAUGCAAUGUUGUCUUUAUUCAUUGUUAGCAAGACCUUGCUGAGAUGUUUUAAGUUUUAAACUCAGCGUGCCGAAAAAAUGGGGAGCAAUGAUUGGCUGAAACCAAUGCCUAUAGUAAUUACUAGUGCGCAUGCUCACCAGAUAAAAUAAAGAUAUAAAUCAGAAAUUCAUCUCGUGAUAGAGUCUUUGGAUCAUUGCAAAGUUUUACACAUUUUCUAUUUUUGGUUAAUUGUUAUUUAACAGGUGCACACACAAGACUUUGAUAUUGUCCCCAGGGUGUGUCAUAAAAAGAUAACUUAGUUUGACAGGUCAAAAUAUUUAGAUUUUAUUGUUUAUAAAUGUUUUAUCAAUAUACAUUAGCACACAGCAGGUAAAAACUGCAGAUAAUGCAAAUACACAUUUCCACUCUAUGAGGAGAUACAUUAGCCCUUAUCAUGCUACAUUUCUUUAAUGGCCUUGUCCAUCUUUCAGUUUGGACAGUACCAUUAACUGUUUAAAGGGGAGAUUCCAUAAAAGAUACUGACUGAAUAGCCAACAGUGCAGAUCAUGAUCAGACUGCACAGAUGUACAGUCUAAUCAGGAUUUACACUGGUCGCAAAGGCAGAAUAAGUCGUGUCCAGCGUGAUAAAGUGUUAAACAGUGUUGUAUCACAAAACUGAGUUAAAUACAUUAAACAAUAAUACUAGUAUGCUAAAACUGAAACACACAUUAGUCAUAAAAUCACCUUAAAACUUUUAUUUUGGAUUUUCCAUAUAACAUUGCAUUGACAACAGCUAUAUCUAUGUGUAUGUAUGUUUACAUGAGGUUGAUUGGAAUAUAUUUUAUCAUUUUGUACAGGUAUUAACGACUAAUAAAAAUGUCAGCAAAUAAAAAAACAUUGCACUAUUGUAUGUUUCCAUUGUAGGUUCUUUCUACAUAAUGAUUCAAAGGUUGAAUUAUUUGUACCAUAAAUCUUAAGGGAAUAAAAUGAUUAACAAAUGUA